AUGCCCAAGGAGAAAGCCCCUUCGUUCAACUUGAAAACCCCCAAGGGUACCAAGGAUUGGUCCGGAUCCGACGCCCUCCUCCGGGAUCGCAUCUUCACCACCAUCGCCGACGUCUUCAAGCGUCAUGGUGGCACCGCCCUCGAUACCCCCGUCUUCGAAUUGCGCGAGAUUCUCGCCGGUAAAUAUGGCGAGGACUCCAAGCUCAUCUACGACCUGCAGGACCAGGGCGGCGAGCUCUGCUCCCUCCGCUACGAUCUGACCGUGCCCUUCGCCCGCUGGCUGGCCAUGAACCCGGACGUCCGCAGCAUGAAGCGCUACCACAUCGCCAAGGUCUACCGUCGGGAUCAGCCCGCCGUCAGCAAGGGCCGCAUGCGCGAGUUCUACCAGUGCGAUUUCGACAUCGCCGGCUCCUUCGACCCCAUGGUGCCCGACGCCGAAGUGCUCAAGAUCGUGACCGAAGUCUUCGAGGAACUGGGCUGGAAGGGCCGCUACAGCAUCAAGAUCAACCACCGCAAGAUCCUCGAUGGCAUCUUCGAGGUGUGCGGCGUCCCCACCGAGAAGAUCCGCCCCAUCUCCAGCGCCGUCGACAAGCUGGAUAAGAUGCCUUGGGCCGACGUGCGCAAGGAGAUGGUCGACGAGAAGGGCCUCGACGGUGCCGUCGCCGACCGCAUCGAGACCUAUGUCAUGCACAAGGGCUCCCGCGAGCUCCUCGACCGCCUCCUUACCGACGAAGUCCUCACCGCGAACGCCUCCGCCAAGGCCGGUCUCGACGAGAUGACCCUCCUCAUGGACUACCUCGACGCCUUCGGCGUGCUUGACCGCAUCUCCUUCGACCUUUCCCUCGCCCGUGGGUUGGACUAUUACACUGGCGUGAUCUACGAGGUUGUGACGGAAGGCUCCGCGCCGCCGGCCCAGACCGGCGCUCCUGAGGCGCAGAAGGUUCAGAAGUCUGGAAAGAAGGACAAGUCGAAGAGCGGCAACCUGGAGGAUGACGACCGCUCUAACGACCCCACCCUGGGUGUCGGCAGUGUUGCCGCCGGUGGUCGCUACGAUAACCUCGUGGGCAUGUUCCUGCCCAAGGCGCAGAUUCCCUGUGUGGGUGUAUCCUUCGGUGUCGAUCGCAUCUUCUCCAUCACCAAGGCCCGCAUUGAGCGGGAAAAGAGCGCCGAGGCGCUCCGCAGCAGUGAGGUGGACGUGUUUGUCAUGGCCUUUGGUGGUAAGGGCUUCAACGGCAUGUUGAAAGAGCGCAUGAACGUGUGCAAGACGUUGUGGGAGGCCGGUGUCAAGGCCGAGUUCUCGUACAAGCUGAAGCCGAAGCUUCCGCAACAAUUCAAGGCUGCCGAACAGGGCGGUGUUCCCUUCGCUGCUAUUCUGGGCGAAGACGAACUUGCCGCCGGCAAGGUCCGCAUCAAGGAGAUGGGUCUCGAAGAAGGCCACCCGGAGAAGGAGGGUGUGCUGGUGGAUCUGGCCAGCCUCCCAGAGGAAGUCAAAACCCGUGUGGCGAAGAAGCGGGCUCAGGCCAAUGUGUCGGAUGUCACGCAACAGAUGGAGGGUCUGAAGACGGAUGCAUAA